AUGGGCAACCGGGGCUCUGUCCUCUUAGGAGCCACACAGAACGCACCUCAGAACUGUCCCACCGGAAGACGGCCCCGGAGCCGCGGCGGCCUGUUGACCCCACAGGCCCCAGGGCUGGAGCUCUGCGGCCGCACUGCGGCCAAGGACCUGCCCGCCCCGCCCCCUCCCGGCCCCCCUGCACAGCCGCCCCCUCCACCCUCCGCAGCCCAAGGGCGGAGCAGCCGCGGCGGGAGCGCCGACUCGGGGAAGCGCGGUCCGCAGCCGGGCGGCUCCGCCCAGGGGGCCGGGGGCAGGAGGGGCCGCUCCCCGCAGCUCCCGCGCCGCGCCCUCCGCUCGGGUCCCCGCGGCCCUGGGCGGUCCCUGGCCGGGCGGCGGGGUGCAGAGGCCCCCGCCCGGCCCGGACCCCCGCCCGCCCCCGCCCACCGGAGGGACGCCGCCCCGGGCCGCAGGGGGGAGGCCGAGCGGCACCCGCGGGCGCCCAGCCCCGCCACGGCCCCGCGAAGCUCCCGCCCCCGCUGCGGCCCGGGAGAACCCACUGCGAGGAGGCUGACCAUCCCACCUCUUGUGGCCACAAUGCUGACCACCCGCCUCUUCAGACCCCUGUCACAGCUCCCGGGGAAAUCUCUGAAGUUCUAUGAUAGAGGAAAUGGAACAAGGCCUGAGCCCCUGGGUCGCGGCGCCCCCUUGCUCCCCGGCAGCCGGCGUGCUUUCUCCGAUGAGGUGAGGCCGGUUGGCAGCAAAGCUGUCCUGGUCACAGGCUGCGACUCGGGGUUCGGGUUCUCCUUGGCCAAGCAUCUGCACUCGAAAGGCUUCCUUGUGUUUGCCGGCUGCUUGAUGAAGGACAAAGGAGGCGACGGGGUCAAGGAGCUGGAUGGCUUGAAGAGCGAUCGAUUAAGGACCAUCCAGCUCAACGUCUGCAAAGGCGAGGAGGUGGAGAGAGUGGUGGAGGUCGUCCACUCCAGCCUGGAGGACCCUGAGAAAGGCGUAUGGGGCCUGGUUAACAACGCGGGCAUCUCGACGUUCGGGGAGGUGGAGUUCACCAGCAUGGAGACCUACAAGGAGGUGGCGGAGGUGAACCUCUGGGGCACCGUGCGGAUGACAAAAGCCUUUCUCCCGCUCAUCCGGAGGGCCAGAGGCCGCAUCGUCAACAUCAGCAGCAUGCUGGGCCGCAUGGCCAACCCGGCCCGCUCCCCAUAUUGCAUCACCAAGUUCGGGGUGGAGGCCUUCUCCGACUGCCUGCGCUACGAGAUGUACCCGCUGGGCGUGAAGGUCAGUGUGGUGGAACCCGGCAACUUCAUUGCUGCCACCAGCCUCUACAGCCCUGAGCGCAUCCAGGCCAUUGCCGACAAGAUGUGGGACGAGCUGCCCGAGGUGGUGCGCAAGGACUACGGCAGGAAGUACUUUGAUGAGAAGAUCACCAGGAUGCAGUCCUACUGCAACAGCGGCUCCACAGACAUAUCCCCCGUCAUCAGUGCUGUCACCCACGCUCUGACCUCUCGCAGCCCCUACACCCGCUACCACCCCAUGAACUACUACUGGUGGCUUCGAAUGCAAAUCAUGACCCACUUGCCCGGAGCCUUGUCGGACAGAAUCUACAUACACUGAAGAGUGCCCCGCCGGGAGGGAAGAGGGAUCUUGUGCAGCCACCUCCUGAUUACCUGCUUGUGCAUUAUCCACAGUCCCAGGGGGACCUACUACCACUUUUAGCAUUAAGCAGAGGAGACAGCCCAGCCCCACCUGUGUGCACAGUGAGCGGUUUAGGUCUUCUCAGCCAGGGUUCGGCAUGGUGGGCAGGGUCCCUAAAUCUCAGGGCAAACAUGGUACAGCCAUCUUUCUGAAGCUGAUCUCACACAAAGAGUCUUGGAAGACCUGUUUAUAUGAAAAACAGAUUUCUUAUAAAAUCCAAUACAAACCCUUUA